CUCUUCCCCGACCCUCUACACCAGACGAGCUCCCCUCGUUACCACCACCCAUUUUCCGACCUGAAAUCCAGCAAAGCUUGGGGAUUUCUCCCUAUUUUCUUGUCUUAGAACACCUGUUGACCCAGAAAAUCCCAGAUCUGCGUCUUCCUCCCUCUGCUGUCCGUCGGCUUCAACUUGGGGGUUUUAAAUUUCUGGGCGUUUUUCGCCCGUGGGUUUUCCCCCCUGUAGAUGCCGUCGGCUUCCUCACCAGCCAAGCUCAGUUUCUGCUGGCUGGAAUUCGGGUUCCCGAUCGUUCUGUCAGUUAGCACUGAGAUUGAAUGCUCGGUUUUAUGCCAGUGAGGUAAGUAAAUUAUAGUAAAGCCCUCUGAUUUUAAAGCAUGUUUUAAACUGUUUUUGAGAUGGUGGCAAGGUUUAAAUUGAUUUUAAAUUGAUUUUAUUAGCAUCUGAAUGUGAUGAAACUGAAAUGGAAGUUGUGAUGGUUUUUAUGAGAAUUUCACUGUUUUCCUAGAAUUGAGCAUGAUUGGAAUGAAAAUGGGAAUUGCAUUGUUUUAUGGAAUUGAGCAUGAUUGGAAUGAAAUUGUUUUCUUUGCGUUGAGUAAAGCAUGCCUAUUUGGAAUUGACUGAACUAUUUUGAUAAAUUGAGAGUUUGCAAAUUCUGAGCUUUCUGUUAAAUCCAUGCUCACAUGGAAAUUUUUCGAUUAUUUCUGAAAUUGGAGAGUGAUUGUGAACUUCGAAUUUUCUGUAAAUCUUGCAUGGUUUUGUCUCGGAUAUAGUCAUGAUUACUGACGCCCGCUAGUGGGAGCUGUAAACGCUAGCACAUGUCGACAUGUAUUUCUGUGGAACCGGUUCACCCUGCCUAUGGGGUUAAACACUGGCACUAUUACUGACGCCUGCUAGUGGGAGUUGUAAACACUGGCACUAUUGUUGACGCCUGCCAGUGGGAGUUGUAAACACUGGCACUAUUAUUGACGCCUACCAGUGGGAGUUUGUAAACACUGGUACCAUUACUGACGCCUGCCAGUGGGAGUGUGUUAAACACUGGCCAUGACUUAUGGAUGAGACUACUGAACUGAGUUUUAUUCUGCAUGAAUGGUUUGUCAUGAAUGCUUUGCAAUUGAACUGAAUUUGAUUUUGUCAUUGAGCGUUUUGGUUAUAUUAAACUGUUUAUCUGGCAUGCUUAAAAGUUUUUACCCAAGGGCUAUCCAUAUUUACUUACUGAGUUUAUCUCAUAGUUUUCCUUGUCCACCAUUUCAGGAAUCGAAACCGAGGACGGGGAAACCGAGGGGAGUGACGAAUUAGAAGGCUAGCCAUUCAAUCGGGGUAUAAGUUUUAGAUUUUAUCAUCCUUUUGUAAGGUUGAUUUUAUUCAUG